AUGGCGGCCAGCAACCCGGCAGCCUGGCCCCUGGUGUCGGGCCCAUAUGCGCAUACGGACGACCCGGAGGCCGGACAGCCGGCCGGUAGGCGGGCGUCCGGCGCGCGGGCCCGGCCUCGGCCCCGGGCCCGGCGCCGCAGCGCCACCCUCGCCCUGGCCCUGGGCCUGGUCCUGCUGCUGGGCAUGGGCCUGGUGAUCGUGCGCCAUGGCGCCCCGGCCACCGGGGCUCCGGGCACCACGGCGCCGGCUGCGACCGGCGGCCGGCCGGAAGCCUGCCCGGCCCGAGGCCGGGUGCGCCUGUCACCGGCGGACCUGCCCCUGCAUCCGCACUGCCCGAUCUCCGGCCUGGCGGCCGGCGGCCCGGCCACCUGCCCGGUGGACCUGCUCCAGCGGUGGGCCCCGGCCAGCGUGACCUGGGCCGGCACCCCGGCAGCCCCCUUCCUCCACCUGUUCGUGGGGUUCAUCUCGGCGGAUGCCCUGUCGGCCGAGCUGCUGGAGCACCUGCUCGCCUUCCAGACGGCCGCCCGCACGGGUGCCCUGGCUGCCGAGCUGGACUCGGUGCCCCGGUCGGCCGGGCUCGAGCAGCGCUUCCUCCUGGGGCUGGCCAUCCUGCCGGGCACCGGCGACGCCGACCAGGGCCCCUCUGUCCGGGCCUUCCGUGGCCAGCUCUCCCGGGCCGGCGUCCCGACGGUCCUGCUGCCGGCCUCCGGGACCGGCGCCCCGGAGGCCCACAUCGCCCAGGCCGCCGGGCGUCUGGUGGCCGAGGCCAUCCGGCCGGACUUCUAUUGGCUGCUGGAUUACGACCAGCUGACCGGGGCCACAAGUAGCCCGGCCGGGCGCCGGCUCCCGGCCCCCGGGGACCUCGUUCGUGGCGAGGUGGCCCCCCUGGCCGGGGGGCUCUUUCAACCCUUCGGCCUGCGCCCGGCCACCGAUGGGGCCUGGCUGGAUGACCUGUUCGCGGCCCGGGCCCCGGGGGCGGUGGCCGUUCCGCCCGGGCCUGGGGCCUGCUCGCCGGGCGCGCCCCAUUCCCCCUGGCUGGCGCAUCCGGAUCCGGGACGCCUGGCCGCCGGCCUGGCCGCCAGCCCGGCCGCCAGCCCGGCCGACGCCGCCACCGAGCCCGGGCACCUGGGCUCCGCAUCCCCCUCGGCCGAUGGCGACCGGCUGCACCUGCCGCCGCUGCCGCCGGUGCUGAUCCCCUUCCCGACGCCGGUUGGCCUGCUGGCCGGGGAUGGGACGUCCUCCUCCGGGCCCGAGGGGGCAUGUCGCGCCUCCCCGGGCCCGGCCGACCAUUCGCACCCCACCACCAGUGCCACCGGCCCCGGCCCAGGGCCGCACCGGCUUUGGGACCGGCUGUUGCCCUCGCGCACGGCCGACCCGCCGGUUGGCGCGGGCCUGCCGACCAUUUUGCGCCACACGCCGCCCAAGGCCGACCCGGGGCCGCUGCUGGCGCCGGCGCGGGCGGCCCAGCCCGAGCGCCAGCGCCAUUGGCCCUCGAGCCAGUGUGUCCUGGAUACGGUGGCCGCCGCCGGGCCCGGAGGCGAUGGCCGCCAGGGGGGCCCCCUUGGCGGGGCCAGCUGGCGCGUGCUUUCCUCGAACUUGCAGCUCCGGGCCCCGCACGCGGACUUGGCCGGGGGUCGGCUGGUGGCCACCGGGCCGUGGCUGACGCCGGCCACCGGCGGGGCCGGCCCGGCAGCCCUGUCGGCCCAGCUGGCCAAUCGGGUUCUGCCGGCGGAGCAUCCCCUGCGCAGCACCCUCUGGGAGCCGGUCCUCGGGCUGUCCUGGCGCGCGGUAGCCGUCCUGGAUGCGGCUCUGCGUGCGGACGCCGCCUACCAGGUGGCCGGCGUGGGGCCUCCGAUCUCGGCGAUGCCCGGCCACCAAGCGCGCAUCCUCGAGCAGCUGACCCUGCUGCCCUCGCUGCUGCACUACUGCGGGCUCAUUUCGCACUUCGCGGGCCGGUGA